GGUUGGCGUCUGAAUUCACAUCGCCAUGCCGGAUCUCCGACGAGUCCACCGUUUUCGCGACCACCCCAUCGCAGGCGUAAACUGGCGACCGACUCGCUUUGUCGACGAGCUGCCCAGUUCCCGCGUGUGUGAACUCUGCCGCAUGAUACCGACGAGGACCGUGCUGUUGCCAUGCUCGCACAUUCUUUGCCAAUCGUGCACCGCAGCCAGUACCCAAGGCGGCAGUAGGCGGUGUCCCUUGGAUCAAGAGCCGUUCGAAGAAGCUGAAUGUUCCAGUUACGACUUGCCUGUCAGCACAGCGAACGCCUUGAAGGCUUGUUGUUGGAACGAAGCUAACGGAUGCGAGUACGAGGGCGCCAUGGAAGAAAUGCUGCAACACUUCGAGAAGGAAUGCACGUUCCACGCCGUGGAAUGUUUGCAGUGCGGCGAAGCAGUCCUACACAGAGAACUGGCAACGCACUACGUGGCUUGGUGCAGUGUCGGUGUUUCUUCAGCACGCAGAGACAAUACGUCGUCGGAAUCUGGAGCAGUGACAAUUGAACACGUAAGGAAUGCCCUCGAAGACGUCAGCCUAUUGAGGGAAUCGAACCUCGACCAGGUGCUGCCUGCUAUACAGAGUCAGGUGAACGAGCUAACGGAACAAGUCGGGAACCAGCAAACCAGCUUGGCCGAAGUCACAGGCGAGGCUAGAUCAUCUUUAAAUGCAGAGAUGGCUGAGCACGCGGCCACGGCUUCCUCGGCUGUCUUGCAGGAAUCGGCUUCUUGGCAAAAUGCAGCAGAUGAAGCCAGCACGUCAACGUCGCCACUAUCCUGCAUGCAGGAAUUGUUGAUGAAUCCAAAGCCUGAAAUCUUCUCGGACCUGUCACCUAGUGUGCUGGAGCAGAUGCAGAAAACUUCCACGCAAGACUUUCCUCAGCAUUUCAUUGAAUAUUUUGCCCUUCCCAAAGGUGCAUGUCACUUAACGUUGACCACGCCGCUUUCUACGACACUUACAUGGAGAGAAGUGCUAGGGACGGUGACGUAUGUCAUAACUUUCGAAUCAUGUGGACUUUCAUUGAGCGGAAUGAAGAAACUGCUUUGUCGUAUCACAGUGCUGCACACUAGGGACUCACGCUUUACGGUUGAAGUAUACGCCAAUUUCAACCCUGCAUUUCGUGAGCCACUGAUCGUGAAGAUUGAUUUUGCUGGAGUGGUGUUCAGCUCUCGGUGUUUGUUGCCUUGUUUCGACGUCACCGCGCACAACGGAGAAAGAGAAGAAGCAUUUGAGCCCUCAAGUACAGGUUCGAAUUUCAUAUAUGAUGACGCUGGAGUAUCAAGGCUACAUUUUCUAACCAUAUUCGAAACACCGCCUGCUGUAUUUGAACUUCAAGGCGCUGGUUACCUAGGUGACGGAAAGAUUGUCCUUAAAAUUAUGCUCUCACAAGAAAACAUGCAGGACAGCAACUCGAGCUGCUAGACUGGCGUCUUAAUAUUCCUUCCUUCCAGGUUCUGCUUUUUCUACUAUGUAACAGUCACUGCUAUCGCGCAAAUAAAAACAA